AUGGGAGACGCAACUAUCAUCGGUUCCAAGUGGCGCCUCGUCGAGGUUGGCCGGGUUGUUCUUCUGCAGAGCGGCCCGUCGGCCGGCCGCCUGGCUACCAUUGUCGAGAUCAUCGACCACAAGCGGGUGCGUUCUAUCUUCCAACUGAGAAGCCGUGGAGACGGGAGGCCGCAAGGCAUGGGACAAGAGGAGUAUCUGGAUGCGAGUCCUGCUUGGGGGCCGAGUGGUGGCGCGGAAGAUCAGAUGGCUCUUGUUGACGGCCCCGCAACAGAUGCCAACCCCGGCGGCGUCGCCCGGCAAUCCGUUGCCCUCGCCGAUGUCCUUCUGACCGCGAUUGUUAUCGAGAAGCUGCCCCGUGGCGCACGGGCCGGCACCGUCAAGGCUGCCUGGGAGAAGGCCGAUGUCGAUGGCCAGUGGAAGGCCAGCAACUGGUACAAGAAGCGCGUCCAGAACGAGCGGCGGAAGGCCCUUACCGACUUCGACCGCUUCAAGGUUCUGCGGUUGAAGAAGCAGCGUCGCUUCGAGGAGCGCAAGGCUCUGGCCAAGGUUAAGGCGAGCGCAUAA